UGCUCAUAACCCUUUCUAAGGCCAAAAGCGAAAGUAACAGACUGAAAGCUGUUUUUCAUCGACGUUUGGUUUUGGACAGACUGAAGAUGAAAAGAGUGAUAGAAAUUCACAAUAUGGAAGGAGAGGCGAAGAGACGGAGAAGAGGAUCUCCAGAACCCAGCGGUGUGUCACUGAACAGUCUUAUCGUUCCACAUCCUGACUUCAGUGAUAGCUCAGUGCCUUUUGACCUCAGUGUGGAGAGAGGUGCUCAGUCUAAAUCCAGUCCUGGUUCUCUUCCCCACAACACUGUAACAAUUGAUUUCCUCAAGAAGAGACACAAAACAAGCAUGAAGAGCAAGUAUGAGAGCUUAUUUGAGGGAAUUCAAUUACAAGAGAAUAAAACCUUCCUGAACAGCAUUUACACACAGCUCUACAUCAGAGAGGGUGAUAGUGAAAGGGUUAAUGAAGAACAUGAGAUCUUACAGAAGGAGAAAAAUUACAAGAUGCUCCAAGAGACUCCAAUUGACUGCAACGACAUCUUUAAACUUCUGUCGGGAUGUGAAAAGCAGAACAAAAUCAGGACUGUUCUUACUAGCGGCAUCGCCGGCAUUGGAAAAUCAGUCUCUGUGCAAAAGUUCAUUUUGGACUGGGCCGAGGGAAAAGCCAAUCAGGAUGUAGAUCUCAUGUAUGUGCUUUCAUUUCGAGAGCUGAACUUGUUUAAAGAUGACCAAUACAGUCUUUACAAACUUCUGGUGGACUUUCAUCCUGAACUUCAAGAUCUGGACUCAAAGAUUCUUGAGGAGUGUAAAGUUGUGGUUGUCUUAGAUGGUCUGGAUGAAAGCAGAAUUAAAAUGAUGUUUUCAGAAAAUGAGAGUGUUUCUGAUGUGAAUGAGUCUUCAUCAGUGGGUGUGUUGAUGUCUAAUCUCAUCAGAGGAGAGCUGCUUCCCAAUGCUCUCAUCUGGAUCACCUCCAGACCAGCAGCAGCCAGUCAGAUCCCCUCCAAGUACAUCAACCGUCUGACAGAAAUUGAGGGAUUCAAUGACUCUCAAAAGGAGGAAUACUUCAGAAAGAGAAUCAGUGAUGAGCAUCAAGCCAGCAGAAUCAUCUCACACAUUAAAAGAUUAAGAAGCCUCCACAUCAUGUGUCACAUACCUGUCUUCUGCUGGAUCUCAUCCACUGUCCUUCAGAACCUCCUGAAACAAGAUGAGAGUGCAGAAAUCCCUAAAACUCUGACUGAGAUGUACAUCCACUUCCUGCUGACUCAGAUGAACAUGAGGAACCAGAAGUAUGAGGAGAGAUCCAGUGAGAGAAAUCCAGAGGAACUCCUGCAGUCCAACAAAGACAAGAUUGUGAAACUUGCUGGACUUGCUUUCAAGCAGCUGAUGAAGGGCAAUGUGAUGUUCUAUGAGGAGGACCUGAUUGAGAGCGGCAUAGAUGCUAUCGACAUCACAGUGUAUUCUGGGAUUUGCACCGAGAUCUUUAAGGAGGAAUCUGCUGUGAUUCAUCAAAGGAAAAUAUACUGCUUUAUACAUCUGAGCUUUCAGGAGUUUCUCGCUGCGUUUCAUGUUUUCUACAGCUUUAUAAAUGACACUCCAGAUGCAAUGAAAGUGUUUGAUUUGCUCCCAAAUUUCCAUAAAGGAGCAAUAGAUGUGGCUCUUCGGAGUGAGAAUGGACACCUGGAUCUUUUCCUGCGGUUCCUGCUGGGGAUCUCACUGGAGUCCAAUCAGAGACUCCUACAGGGUCUGCUGACACACACCGAGAAGAGCUCUGAGAGCAUCAGGACAACCGCAGCUUACAUUAAAGACAAAAUCAAACAGGAACAGGGUCUCUCGGCUGACAGGUCCAUCAACCUUCUUCUCUGUCUGCUGGAGAUGAAUGAUCAGACUCUGGUUAGAGAGAUUCUGGAGUUUAUGAAAUCAGAUGAAGACACACAGAAUAAACUCUCUCCGUCUCACUGCUCAGCGAUCGCCUACAUGCUCCAGAUGUCAGACGAAGCUCUAGAGGAGCUGGACCUCAUGAAAUACAACACAUCAGAUGAGGGCAGAAGGAGACUGGUACCAGCUGUGAUGAACUGCAGAAAAGCAAAUCUUGCCUGCUGUAAUCUCACAGUUCAGUGCUGUGAAAUCGUGGUGUCCGCUCUACAAUUAUUAAACUCGCCCCUCAGAGAGCUGGACCUGAGUAACAAUGACCUACAGGACGCUGGUGUCCAGCUCAUUUGUGCUGGCCUGAAGAGUCCAAACUGUCGGCUGGAGAAACUGAAGUUAUCUGGCUGUAUGGUGACAGAGGAAGGCUGUUGUCAUCUGGUUUCUGCUCUCGAUUCAGACACUUCACACUUAAGAGAGCUGGAUCUGAGCUACAAUCACCCAGGAGAAGCAGGAGUCGAGAUGUUUUCUGCUUUGUUAGAAAAUCCAGAUCGCAAACUGGAAAAACUCAAUUCAGACCAUGUUGGAGAUUUCAGAAUCAAACCAGGACUACAAAAAUAUGCCUGUGAUCUCACGCUGGAUCCAAACACUGCAUACGCUCAUCUUGCUCUGUCUGAGGAGAACAGAAAGGCAACACAUGUGGAAGAUGAGCAGCCAUAUCCUGAUCAUCCAGACAGAUUUGAGCACCAGGAGCAGGUUCUGUGUAGAGAAACUCUGUCUGAACGCUCUUACUGGGAGCUUGAAUGGAGCGGGGGGGCUUAUGCUGCAGUGACGUAUAAAGAAAACAAAGGGAAAAAAAGAGGGAAUGACUGCAGAUUUGGGUGGAAUGGUAAGUCCUGGAGUCUUUUCUGUACCCCUGAUGGAUAUAGUGCCUGGCACGAUAACAAGAAAACAGAUGCCAAUUUCCCAUCAAAACCCUCAAACAGAGUAGCAGUGUAUCUGGAUAGGCUGGCCGGCACUGUGUCCUUUUACGACGUGUCUGAAACUCAUACUCUCACACACAUAUAUACCUUUAAAACCAAGUUUACUGAACCACUCUACGCUGGGUUUGCAGUUUAUGGUUCAGUGUUUCUGUCAGGGUGAACAGCCUCCUAACAUUAGUAAUUGCAAAACUGUAGCAGCAAUUUAUUUUCUUUUAUGUUUAGAUUAUGAGAGAAGUUAAUCUAGAUGGCUGUUUGUCAGUGGGCAAAAAAAUGUUUAUGCUUUAAAAUUGUUUACAGACAAAGUUUAAUUGUAUUUUAUGUUUAUUGUUUUUGUUGCAUGUAUAUGUGUGUGUAUUUGUAUAUAUAUGAUAUUUAAUGAGUCAGAGUUAGGUUUUCCCACAAUAUCAGCAUGAUAUAUAAAUGAGGGCAUUAGAUGAAAUAUGGUGAAAUGCAUCCCACCUUUUCAAUAAAAGAGCAUAUAAUGAAUUGAAGUCACUGGCUGCAUCUGAAAUCGCACACUCUCUUGAGUAGGUACUCAUGACAGCAAAGUACAUUGUAUGUAGUAUGAAUGUGUAGUAUCAGUGUAAUCUGGAUGUAAUACAUUUGCCAUGUUGUCAUUGACACAUGACAUCUUCUGUGGCCUCAUGGGAUAGUAAAAUGUCCAUUGUAUGCACACUUCAGAAACAUAUAUUCUGGCUAGUUUUUGUUUAUUCUUUACAUACUUCUUUUGUCCCAUGCUGUUUUUUUGCCUACUAUACAGUAGGGAAGUGGGCAAAUACAGCCACUGACUAGAGACUCAUGUUGCCAUAGAAACAGUCAGUGUCCUGAAAUGCCCUGUUAGGACUAGAAUUGCACAUUGGCUGGACCAUCCUUAAAUAUAAGCUUAUUUUUUUAUGAUAUUUGAGCACAAGAAACAAUUUAUGGGAUAGUUAUUUUCAGAUUUUGCUGAUGAAGUAUGUUAUUUAAAUUUU